AUGUCCCCGCUGUGCCCACUGCUGCUGGCCCUGGCCCUGGUGGCCAUCCCAGGUGUCCGAGGCGCCUGCCCGGCACCCGCUGACCUCAAGAACCCCAAUGGGACACGGACGUGCGCCAAGUUCUAUGACAAGAGCGACCCAUAUUAUGAGAACUGCUGCCAAGGCGCCGAGCUAACUGUAGAGGCAGACACAGACCUGCCCUUCCUGCCCUCGGAGUGGAGGAACGUCAUCUCCUCCCUCGUGGUGGCCCCGCGCUGUGAGCUCACCGUGUGGUCCCGCAGAGGCAAGGGCGGCAAAACUCGCAAGUUCAAGACAGGCGCCUACCCGCGCCUUGAAGAGUACCGCCGGGGCAUUUUUGGCCACUGGUCCAACGCCAUCGCCUCCAUCUACUGCAGGUGCAACUGA